CCCUGGGUACCUUGUAGCCCAUUCCCGGGUGGAUCUGGCGGGGUGGAGUGGACUCCAGCGAGAAGCCCGGAGACGUGGAGGCUCUUGUUCUUCUUCCACCAUCUUCUUAAUUACAAAUCAUGGAGGAUGAAAACAAAGCAAUUGAACGUGACGAUUCAAAACCAUCCACAGGAAUGAAUCACACAGCCUCAGUGUGUCAAGAAACACAGGCGGAGACAAUUAUGAACCUCAAAGGGAGAGAUGAAAAUGAACCAACAGAAGGAAGUAACCUAUUGAAUAGCAGUGAAAAAAAGCUACAAGAAACAUCAGCUGAAUCAGAUUGCUCACAAAGACUGAAACAAGCCCUGGCUUGCCCUCCACAUGGUUUACUGGACAGAAUAAUAACAAACGUUACCAUCCUCGUUCUUCUGUGGGCUGUAGUUUGGUCAAUUACUGGCAGCGAAUGUCUUCCUGGGGGAAACCUAUUUGGAAUCAUAAUCCUUUUCUAUUGUGCCAUCAUUGGAGGUAAACUUUUGGGGCUUAUCCAGUUACCCACAUUGCCCCCACUGCCUCCCCUUCUCGGCAUGCUCCUUGCUGGGUUUCUCAUCAGAAAUAUCCCAAUUAUCAGUGAUAAUGUACAGAUCAAACAUAAGUGGUCUUCCUCUUUGAGAAGCAUAGCCUUGUCUAUCAUACUGGUUCGCGCUGGCCUUGGUCUAGAUUCAAAGGCCCUGAAGAAAUUGAAGGGUGUGUGUGUCAGGCUGUCCAUGGGUCCCUGUGUCGUGGAGGCGUGCGUGGCUGCUCUUCUUGCCCACUUCCUAAUGGGCUUACCGUGGCAGUGGGGAUUUAUACUGGGUUUUGUUUUAGGUGCCGUAUCUCCAGCUGUUGUGGUGCCCUCAAUGCUCCUUUUGCAGGGAGGAGGUUAUGGAGUUGAAAAGGGCAUCCCCACCUUGCUUAUGGCUGCCGGCAGCUUUGAUGACAUUCUGGCCAUCACAGGCUUCAAUACCUGCUUGGGCAUGGCCUUUUCCACAGGCUCUACAGUUUUUAAUGUCCUUAGAGGAUUUUUGGAGGUGGUCAUUGGUGUGGCAGCUGGAUCUCUUCUUGGAUUUUUUAUUCAGUACUUUCCAAGCAGUGACCAGGACAAACUCAUGUAUAAGAGAGCAUUUCUUGUUUUGGGGUUCUCUGUGCUAGCUGUGUUCAGCAGUGUGGAUUUUGGUUUCCCUGGAUCAGGAGGACUAUGCCACAGAAAUAAAGCCUAUCCCAGGUCAAAUGAUUCAAAUUUUAAAUUGGCAGAGGUUGAAAAGAUAAUUGCAGUUGCCUGGGAUAUUUUUCAACCCCUUCUUUUUGGACUGAUUGGAGCAGAGGUAUCUAUUGCAUCUCUCAGACCAGAAACCAUUGGCUUUUGUGUUGCCACCCUGGGCAUUGCAGUACUGGUACGGAUUUUGACUACAUUUCUGAUGGUGUGUUUUGCUGGUUUUAACAUAAAGGAAAAGAUAUUUAUUUCUUUUGCAUGGCUUCCAAAGGCCACAGUUCAGGCAGCAAUAGGAUCAGUGGCUUUGGACACAGCAAGAUCACAUGGAGAGAAACAGUUAGAAGCAUAUGGAAUGGAUGUGUUGACAGUGGCAUUUUUGGCCAUCCUCCUCACAGCCCCAGUUGGAAGUCUCCUUAUUGGUUUGCUGGGCCCCAGGCUUCUCCAGAAAGUUGAACAUCAAAAUAAAGAUGAAGUAGUUCAAGAAGAGACUUCUGUGCAAGUUUAAUGGUGAAAAGAGAGAAUGCUGAACACACUGGUUAGAAAGCUGCUAUUUUUAUCAAGAGGGAUAUUGAAAUAUGUGAUGUUUAAGCUCCAAACGUGAUAGAACCAAAAGUCUGGCUGUUUCUUUAAACUGCAUUUUUAGCCCUUGCAUUUUACAUGUGAGUAAUAAUGCUCAACAUCUCCAACCCCAGUUUCUUCCCUUUCCUCCCCAAAUACCCCUUCAUCACAUAUCUUAAUUUGUAUAAGGGUGUAUCUACUUUAAUGACCUAUCAUGAUUUAAAUUAGCAUGGGAAAGACCAACUUUAGCUUAGGCAGCAGCUUGUGCUAACUUUCUUUAAACUGUCAUAGUUUCAUCAUUCAUAGUCACCUGUGCUCUAAUUCCUUGAAUUGUUUUUGGCUCCUCUUGUAUUUGUUUUUGUUUUUAAAAACUGUAAUGUAGUCCCUCAUCAAUUUCUACCCUCACUUUCCCUGCUAAUCUGCCUCUUCUUCAUUUCUUGCUCUUACCACCUUUCUGUGAAUUAUUGUAACUGGUCCCUCCAAAAUUUUAAAGUAUAUGAGUAUCUUCAUUGGUUCGUCAUCUUGCCUCACUAGGUGUUGAAAGACAUUGUACUAUUUCCUAGCUGGCAACCCAGAGUCCUCUGUUUCCUUGGCCCAUCUGGGUCUGCCUGAAUUAUGGAGUGUCCUGAUCUAGCUCUUAGUUGUUUCUUGUGACCCACAUCUUUUCUCGGUGAGAAAUAGCUAAUUUUGAAAUCUAUGCCCACCUCAGAAAUAUUAUAUUAAGGCAAUAUAAUCUGCUAUGGGAAAGAAAUAAGACAUACUACACGUAGUACUUAAAAGGAAACAGAAUUUUCUUUCCUCUGAUGAGCCUGGCUGGUUAGUAGAUGCUGACAGGAUUACUUUGUUCAUGAGUUCUGCUCAGAGACCCAUGUCUUUCUCUAUCAGGAAGCUCUGUUGUGUCCCAGCUUAGGACACUGGUCAAAGAAGAAUCUCUGCCAUGUCUCUUUUCUUCCUCUCAGAAGGAGGAAAAAGAGAAAAUGCAAGUAAAGCAAUUUAUUUUUUAAGACGUGAUGUAGAAGUUGGGCACAUGUCUCCUCUUACAUUCUGUAGAGGGCCAUCUCCAGCUAGGAGGAGGCUGAGAAGUAUUGUCUCUCGCUAAGCAUUUAUGGGGGCUAGAACCUCUGCUGGGGUGGGUGUUAUUAUCACUCAGUAGCACAUGCUUGCCCACUAACCUGAGUGAAUUCCAUGGCAGGAAUUUCAGACAUUGUGACAUGCCAGCAGAGAAAAGAUUAGAAGAAAGGCUUAUCUGCACUUGUCACAUUUUAUCCCACUUUAUAGCAGGCCACCUCUGCUUUUGUGCACCAUUCCUAAGUUCCUCUUCACUCGCCUGUCUAGUUGCUGCUGAAACAAUCAUAUUCAAAUCCAGUUUACAGAUUUUAUCAUGUUAUAUGUAUAUGUAUACCUCAACAUGUAUACUUGUCAUAUCCCAUCUGAAUUCACCUAAAUUCAAA